AUGCUUGAGGCCACCGGGCGGGACGGAAAGGUCCGCGACCCAGCAUUCUUCCUUGAAGCUACGGCCCUGUACGAAGUAGUCGGUGACGGCGUAGUAGUCACCAAGUGGUACAUUGACUCGACGUACAUUUUUGGUGGUGGUGCCGGUGUUGGCGGCUGGCACGGUGAUGUUUGCUGCCGCCCUGUAGUCCGGGUCUUGAUGGGCAGCAGCUCGUGCAGCCGUGUCCCGGUGUUGUUCUGCAGCCCUGCGCCCCGGAUCCAGAUGAGCAUCCCGCAUCCGGGCUGCAUCUACGCUGAGUGUACCCAGGCGCUCAUGACUGCGUGUCCCAGUCCGCUGGGGUGA